AACAGACAUCAUGUCAGUGCCAUGAGGAUCUUCUUCCAGAGAGGCUGAAAUGAGCUGAAUUCUUAUUUCUAUUAUUGGUUUCAACCUCAGAUAUAUCUCUACGCUUCAUCAGCAGUAAGAUCCUUUGCUCAGCAAAGAUGCGCCACGGCAAGAUGUACGUGCCUUUGCUGUUGUGUGUUCAGUUUGCUAUGGUUUCUAUGACCACUUCCAUACCAGAAAACAAAAACACAAACUUCACCAUUGAGGGGAACGACACAACCAGGCAGCCAACCACGGCUCAUGCAAACGUGUUGCAGUCUGCAGUCUGGACUCCAGAGCACAGACUUGAAGACGUUCGCACCACUGCACCAGCAGAAAGGGCCGUGCAACCCAUUGUGGCAAACAACACGGGAGAACCGACAACGGUCAGCUCCAAAACUAGCAGCCCAGACGGCAGCAGAGGUGGUUCGGUUGUCGUCACGGCUGUUGCAGCAGGUACCAGCAGCUCUGGACUUCCUGCCUCCACAGAAGGGCCAACGACUAAACCAGAAGCUCCUGCUGGAACCACAUCCAGAGGCGCAGCACAACCUUCCACUGCUGUGUCCAGGGCUACAACUGAAACGCCACCUUCAACUUCAGUAUCCAUUGAGGUGAAAACAUCUAGAGGUGAACCUUCAACUGCUGCAACCACCACUUUGACUGAAACGCAACCCUCAACUGUGGUGACGACGGCUACAGACGAAGUCCGACCUUCCUUUUCAACGACCACAGCUACAAGUGGAGCACAAUCUCUCAACCACACAACGGCAGACUCGUUAAAUCCCACAGAUCAUCUCCAUCAAACAUCAACCUCCAGUUUCACCAAUGAAACUGCUACAGCAUCAUCUACUGUUUUGGUAACUGUGGCUGUUUCUUCCCUAGAACCCACAGCCAUCACUGGAAAUACAUCGGAGUCACUUUCCACCACCUCUUUGAAUAAUCAGACGGUUUCAACCUUCAAUCAGAACCUCAGUCACCCCGCAGAGUCCAGUCCAACCUCAAAGACGAGCAAGACGGCCUCUACCACAAGUCCGCUCAACUCCACCACUGGACCCUCUGAGACAGCGAGUCCAGCUACAACCAGCCCUCCCAGCUCCACCACUGGGAACUCUACCAGUAUUGCGGGAAUCCUGAUUCCUCGAAAACCUACGAGGUUGCCAUUUGCAACAACCAGAUCGAUUCCAACUGCAACGAUCCUCCCCUGCGAGCCAUCCAAGGACGCCCCCACCAGUCAGAUCCAGCCCUGCUCCACCCGAGGCGUGGCGACCCAGUGCCUCAUCAUCAUCGCCUCUCUGGCAGCCGUGGCCACCAUCUUCGCGAUCUCCACCAUCGUCCUCUGCGUCAAGCUGUCUGCGAGGAAUUACAAAGUGAGGAAGCCUCAGCAGUCGACCGAGAUGAUGUGCAUCUCUGCUCUGCUGCCCGAGAAGACCUACACCUACACGAGACAACGCAACCCAGUCUCCAACGGAGUCCUGGUGUUCCCUGCGGGGGGAGACAGCGACGAGGAAGGGGGAGAUAAUCUCACUCUCAGCAGCUUCCUCCCAGACAACGAUCGCUACGUUUAGACGGAUUCAGAACCUUGGUUUAUCCUGAGACCGAACUGAUCCGCCGUGUGUCAGCGGUGUGGAAACUGUUGCUUUGAUGCUGAUAGCUUUGCUUCACUGCACACACACACGCAUACACACAAACACUGUUUCAAGCAUCAAUAACCGUAUCUGGCAUUUGAUGAAGAGGAUGUGAUCUCUGGGUAAAAAGUCUAAGUUUUGCAUAACUUGACACCAGGAUACACAGAGUGAUCAAAGCUGCUUUAUCUCUCCUUUGAGACAUCCGGAGCAGAAACCACGUUUUAUGUUUUUGCCAAAAAUAAGAGAAAGGCUUGCUUUGUCAAAAGUUUUCUGUUCUUCACAGAGACUGUUGAGUUCUCUACAGACUGAAGACUUAAUGUAAAUACUGGAUUUAUGAUAGACAUGCAUCGUUCACUGUGUUUUAUUCUCGACUUUUUCUUGCACUUUUUUAAGUGUACAUUUUUAUCACGAAAACUGAACCAAAGUCUGGAGAUGGCUGGUAAAUUUGGCACUGAGGAGCCCUGCACAAAGGGAUGCUUUUAUUUUGGAGAUCUAGCCAAAUCUACUUACAGCCUUAGUUUCCUAAAACGUUCUAUUUGUUUGAAACGUGUACAUAAAUUUUGCACUUCUUCUUCCUGUUUGACUAAUUUACUCCAUCUUAGCCGGUACGUGUUUAAAUUAUUUUAGUACUUUUGAACUGGUCAGAUGUCAAACUCCGGUCCUCGAGGGCCACCAUCCUCCAUGUGUUCCUUUUAUUCUCCGCUCCAACACAUCUGAUCGGCAUGAAUGGAUAAUUAACAGGCUUCUGUAAAACUUGAAGAGGUAAUUCAGUCACCGAAUCGGGUGUGUGUUUGAGCAGAGAAACAAAGAAAACAUGCAGGAUAGCAGCUCCCGAGGACCAGAGUUUGACAUCAGUCCUGUAAAUAUUUUACAUGGUUAACAAAGAGUUUAAUGCCUUCAUGUUUACAGAAAAUUGCUGAAAGACAACUUUGUUUUUUUAAGUGUUUUGGUAGCAUCUCCUCAUGGGUGUCUAAAUGGUUGACAGCCAUAAUAAAAGCGGAUACUCUCUGAA